AUGUUUCUUUCCAUUGAUUCAAGGGGCUAUAAGGGAUAUAUAUAUGGUACCACUAUCAAACCAAGUGAAGCUGGUACAUUACAAGACAAGUGGAGUUCUAGCAACUCUCUUGUUAUGGCUUUUCUUCUCAGUGCAAUGACUCCAUCCAUUGCCCGUGGCUAUACACUACUUGAUUCAGCGGGUGAACUUACUUUAUCUGAAUACUACUGUGAACUCCGUAGCCUGUGGCAAGGGCUUGACUAUUAUGAUAACUUUCAGCUUGAUUGUCCUUCUGAUAUUACCAAAUUUCAGCUUAGGGAGGAUAAAUUCAGAGUAUACACUUUCUUGAUUGGCCUUAAUGUGGAAUAUGAUCAGCUUCGGUCUCAAGUUCUGAGUCGUUCACCUUUUCCCACUUUGGAGCAAGCCUACUCUAUGAUACAAUUGGAAGAUACUCGUCGGUCCACCAUGUUACCAACUACACAGCCAGAGAGAUCUGCUUUAAUUUCUUCUAGAGGUAGCUCUUCUAGUACUAGUACACGUUCCUCGUCUAAGAAGGAACCUCUUAAAUGUACUCAUUGUGGAAAGGAACGACAUACUGUGGAUUUUUGCUGGAAGUUACAUGGUCGGCCAUCUGACUCUUCUGAUGGUCGUAGUGGUGGUCGUGGUCGAGGCCGUGGCCGUGGUCGUGGUGGCACACAGGCCCAUCUUUCGAAGCUCUGA